UUUCCCAACCCGGCGAAGCAAAGUUUAGUCCGAAGAAAAGCCUUGGAGCAACUUGAGCGUGAAAUCCGCUGGAAGUCGUAAUCUUAGCUCCGGUUUGUGGUAUGUUUGUGCAAGGUUUAUAAAAAGUUCAGGAGGUCGGCUUCACCCCCUGUAACCUGUGUUGGACGGGUCCAUUGUCCCACGUGCUUGGAUGUAACCUGAUCUGUUUCCCGGGUUUGGAGAGGAGAACCUCAGCGGGACGUACCGACACGGCAAGCCGCCCGCCGCCCGUCUCUGCACCGUACGGCCCCCAGGGAAAGUGUCGGCGCGUAGAAAGGUGAUUCAGAGGUGAAGAAGAUAUACUCCACACGCUAGGUGGGAGAGAGAGGAGGAGACACCCCUGAGAGCGUGUUGCACAGUUCUUGCUGCUGAAGUUUGGGAAGUCGGAGAGAGGAGAGGGUAGAGCCGCUAUGGUGUGUUUGUUUGCCGGCGAACAAGGCCGGCUUGUCUGGCUGGUCGCGCUGGUAGCGGUCAUCGCGACGCCGCCGGGCCACGGUCAAGAGAUUAUCGGAGAGAGCGGAGGACAACAGGAUAUUGAUCUACUGCAGAUGAUCGGAGUGCCCCUCCCGACACCCAUACGAUUCGUCAGCGGAUACGAUGGCUUUCCCGCGUUCGAGUUCGGCAGCGAGGCCAACAUCGGCAGGCUUGCCAGAACGUUCUUCCCCAAUAUGUUCUACAAGGAUUUCUCCAUUCUGGUGACCACCAGGCCCAACUUCCAGGAGGGAGGGAUUCUGUUCGCCGUCACAAAUUCCUUCCAAACGGUGAUCCAGCUGGGGUUGAAGAUCGCCGACGCCGGCAAGGGGCGAUCGGGGGAGGAGCUACAGAACCUCACCUUCAUUUACACGGAUACGAGAAACAGCGAAGUCACCCAGGAGGUGGCCAAGUUCACGAUUCCGACCACCGCAGGAGAAUGGCUGAGAUUUUCCCUCAGUAUCCGCGGGAACGCCGUCACCUUGUACUACAACUGCGAGGAGAGGGAGACGCAGUUUUUCGACAGGACGGUGUCGCAGCUCGAGUUUGCGCCAGCCGCUGCCGUGUUUGUCGGACAAGCCGGAGCUGCGGAGGAAGGAAAAUAUCUGGGUUCCAUCCAAGAGCUGCUGAUCAGGAAGGACCCCAACGCUGCGGAACAGCAGUGUUCUGGAGACGCUGGAGAAGAGGGUGCAGUGUCAGGCAGUGGAGAUGGAGGAGAGGAGGGGACCAUCAUCACCAUCCCUGGAACUGUCAUCCCCGGCAGACCCAACACUCCGCAUGCCACUCAGGAAACACCUGUUGACGGCCCAGACGUGAAUGAGCCGUACCCAGACACCAGUAACAUGGAGCGGCAUGACGGGGACACCACCGGCUGGCCAGAGCUGCCUGAGGGUGGGGGGAACACGCCAGGUCUGCCUGGUCUGCCCGGCGUGCCUGGACCCAAGGGAGCCACUGGGCCUCAGGGUCCACCUGGACUGAGGGGGCAGAAGGGAGAACCGGGAGAUACCACUCUAGUCGAGGGGCCGAUAGGUAUACCAGGUGAACGUGGUCUGCAAGGCUUACCUGGAACCCCAGGUGAGGCUGGACCUGUGGGACCACCUGGUGAGAGAGGACCCAAGGGUGAGAGAGGAGAAGCCGGACUGAAGGGUGACCCAGGAGUGGGACUGACCGGCCCGCCUGGUCCACCUGGACCUCCAGGAGUGGUCACUGUCGGGGAAGACGAUCAGGUGAUCUCUGGAACCCCAGGGUCAAAGGGAGCACCCGGAGCGCCUGGCCUGCCGGGUUUGCCAGGACCAGCCGGUAUCACUGGAGCAAAGGGAGAGCCAGGAGAGUCUAUUGCUGGAGUUGCUGGUCCACCAGGACCACCUGGGCCUCCUGGACUACCUGGCCCUCCAGGACCUUCUAAUGGCUUUGUACCAGAAACAGCCAUUAUAGGACUUGAGGGCUCGGGAUAUGAGUUUGCUGGACAGGGUGUAAGCGGCCCCCCUGGACCUCCCGGACCACCCGGUAUCCCCGGACUGCCCGGCCCGCCCGGUCUACCCGGUCUGCCAGGGAAACCAGGUACCUUCGGCACAGGGAACAUCACUAACGGCAUCCAGGGUCCUCCUGGAAGGGACGGACUGGACGGACUUACUGGACCACCUGGGCUGCCGGGCCUGCCAGGACAAGAUGGACUGAUAGGACCUAAGGGUGAAGCAGGGGCACCUGGGAUUCAGGGGUCAGCAGGGAGUAAGGGAGAACCUGGCCAGCCUGGACUGCCCGGUCCACCUGGACCCCCCGGACCUUCUGGUGGUGGUGGAGGGAUAUUUGGAUUUGGUGGUUCAUCGGGGGGUCCUGGACCUGCAGGGGAGCCUGGGAUACCCGGAAACCCAGGGCAGAAGGGUGAACAGGGAACAGCAGGACCAGAGGGCCCACAAGGAUCACCUGGUUUACCAGGACCAGUUGGACCACGUGGACCAAAGGGAGAUGCAGGAGAGGCUGGCAUAGUGGGACCUCAGGGACCCAAAGGUGACAUGGGACCAAGAGGACCACCUGGUGAAGCUGGCCGUGAUGGUGUGGGUCUCCCCGGACCUCCUGGCCCACCCGGACCCCCCGGACUGCCCGGAACUAUCUCUGUACUCCCCGGAGAUGACGAAAUGACUGUCAGCCCUGGCUUUCCACCAGUGGGAGGAGAGGGUGAGAUGACCGAUGGUUUUACUGGAGGAGUGAUUGGACCAGCUGGGCCUGAGGGACCACGGGGACCUCCGGGAAUUGCUGGACCUCCUGGACCAAUCGGCAGACCUGGAGAACCCGGUUUACCUGGUGAGAGGGGAGAGAAGGGAGAUUCAGGAGAGGCAGGACGUAAGGGAGACCGUGGGGAGCCUGGUCCUGCUGUGACAGUAGAUGGAGAUGUGCUGCAGAUCAAGGGGGCAAAGGGAGAACCAGGAUUGGAAGGAGUGGCAGGAUUUCCUGGCAAGAAGGGUGAACCUGGGGAUGCUGGUGUCCGUGGACCAGAGGGUCCUGUAGGACCAAAGGGUAUGAUAGGUGAAGUGGGAUUCCCUGGGAGAAUGGGUAUUCCUGGUGUCAGAGGUCAGAAGGGAGAGAGGGGUGACACAGGCACUGGCUUACCUGGACCCCCUGGCCCUCCUGGUCCUCCAGGCCUGCCCAGUGGUGCUUCUUUCCCAGCUGGCAGCUUCCCUGUGCUCCAAAAAGGAGAGAAGGGAGACAUCGGACCGUCUGGCCCACCAGGCCCUCCUGGUCCACCUGGGUCUUUGGCUUCUGGACCUGGACUGUCGUUUGGUGGUGCAGGAGUCAUCGGGCCUGCUGGACCAAAGGGGGAAAAGGGGAUGAUGGGAAUCAGAGGACCAUUAGGGCGACAGGGAAGGAAAGGAGAGAUUGGCUUGCCAGGCAGAAAAGGAGAUACGGGACUGCCAGGUCCUCCAGGUGCACCAGGUGGUGGGUUCUUCGGAGGCAGUGGACAGGUGGUGCAGGGUCCUACAGGCCCUCCUGGUCCUCAGGGUCCCCGUGGGCCUCCCGGCUUCCCCGGCCGCGGCCCGUCUGGUCCCCCCGGCCCCCGUGGUCCGCCCGGCCCAGCAGGGAUCGGAGCGCCCGGCUUACCCGGCCCCCCCGGCAGACCUGGACAGCCUGGAGCCAGCAUCGGCAGUGGCAUCAUGGGACCUCCCGGGCCUCCUGGGCCGCCUGGUCGGGCUGCUGGGAUUAUCACCUUCAAUAGUGAAAGCCAAUUGUUGCGUUCCCCACCGUCUUCGUCCGGUACUCUGGCCUUCAUCGCUGACACAGAACAGCUGUACCUGAGAGUACGGGACGGCUGGCAAAUCAUCCUGACACAACCCUUGAGACCGACAGUUCAGGUUGGAAAGAUCAUGUCCAUCCCUGAAAGGCCACCAAUACAACCUGAGGCUUCGGCUGAAAACCCAGGGCAUGCCAACAACGGGUUCAACAAUGGAUUCUUUGGAUCAGAAGUGGAUGCUCCCACUGUACAGCUGGUAGGGUCACCUGAUGAUGGUGGUUUGGGCAAGGCUACUGGGAAAAUGUUACACCUGAUUGCCCUGAACGAGCCGAUGACAGGGAACAUGUACGGUAUCCGUGGAGCAGACUUUAAGUGUUUCCAGCAGGCGCGGCAGGCAGGUCUGCGGGGGACGUACCGAGCCUUCCUGUCAUCCAAGGUGCAGGACCUCAGCUCUGUGGUCAGCAGAGGAGACAGGGACGGGAUACCCAUUGUCAACCUCAAGGACGAGAUUCUGUUCCCAUCUUGGAACUCCAUAUUUGAGGGUGAGAGACAGACCAACAAGUACAAGGGAGGAGCCUUUGACAUCAACACUGCCAUCUACACCUUCAACGGGACACAGCCGCUUCUCAACCCUACAUGGCCGCACAAGCGAAUCUGGCACGGUACAAACAUGGACGGCCAGCGUCUCGGCGACCACUUCUGCAGCGCCUGGCGGGAAAACGACGUCAGCUACGUCGGCAUGGCGUCCUCUCUCCAGACCGGCCUGCUACUAGGACAGGAGCAGUACAGCUGCUCUAGUUCCUACAUCGUACUCUGCAUAGAAAACACCCACAAAAGGCACCACAGACUUUAUAACUUUAGGAGGAAGUAGUUAAAACCCUUGUCUUCAUACCCUCAGUUUUGUAUAUUAUUUGACACCCUUGUAUGUAUGAAGAACUAGGCUGAUAUGAGGACGACGUAUACGGUAGUCCAGCCCUUGUAGUUUUACAUGUAUAUUUGUUGGAAUAUAUUGGGGGAUUGUGAGAACUACACAACAGUACACAGAUUUAUACGCUUGUCUGGCUGGAUGGAAGCUCUUGUGCUUGUUGCAGAGAGAAACAGUUGAUAGUGUAGCUUGAAAUUUGAAUUUUAACUGAAAAAUAUAGAAGUGUUCUUUAGUCUGGCCAUAACAUGUUGGUACAGUAUAAGCCGUUUCACUGUUUGAACUUUGCAUGUGAGAUGUAAAAGUUGAAAGCCCCUUAGUUUAUGAACAGUUCUUGUCUAAACCAUGUUUUAGACUAUGUGCCAUUUUAGACUUGUUUUGUUUAAAUCUCAGGGGCCUUCACUGUAACAUAUUAUACACUGUGCAUGCACAGUUCAAACUUUUGAACUUACUGAAACACCAUCAUAAUGUGAGCUCAGUGUAUUAUAUAAUUAAUUUUACUGUGCCAAAAUCUAGUAUUUGUAAAACAUAUAUAUUAGUCAAGACUAUUCGGUAAUGUUUUGAUAGGUUUCCAAUGAAGUAGAAAGUAUGGAAAUUGUUUUGUUGAUUUGGAUGACAGCACUAUUUUUAGGUAAAAAGGGUUUUUGUUUUUUAAGCUGACUCAAUUUUUUAUAGCGUAGAUCAUCUUACCAAAACCUUUUGUCAUUCCAUGACCAGAAAAAAAAGACUCUCAAAAUAUGAAUAACCGAUAGUGAUAGUAGAAUGUACAUGUGCAAGUUUUAUUAGAUGUCAUUCAGGGUAGUUUACUUUUUAAAAACAUGUUCAAAAAAUCUUUGAGGAAGAAAAAGUUGAUCACGUAAGAAUAAGGAGACUGUUAGACGAUUUGCAAGGGAAAAUUGUAUGAAAUCAAGGCAACUAACUUAUAGGAACUUGGGAACAACAAUGAUCAUUGGUCAGUAUUUUACCAUACCUCAAUUGUUGGAAAAUAAAAAUUAGAUUGAUAAAACAACUUACAGUUCACAUACAGGUAACAUGUACUUGAGUAAAUAUUGUAAACAGAGACUACAGUAAGGCUGUUUUCUUUACCAAAUUUUGUCAGUUAUUAAUAAGUAAAUCUCGCAUCUUGCCAUUGUACAUUGUAGUUCAGACCUACAGUGUAGGUACUUAUACUACAUUGUACGUUUUGCGCUCAACCAAGACAAGGAACUUAUCUAUGUUUAAUACAUGUACUAGGUUAUUAUAGACUAGUUUUAUCUCUCACAACUUUCACAAAGGUGCUAUCACUACAUAUAACCUCUCAGUAUUCAAUAUAAUGUAUCUAUAUAUAUGAUAAUGGUGCUUGUUUAUAACUUAGACAAUUUUUACUGGUUAUAUAAUACACUGUAUAUGCAACAGUGCUUUAGUAUUAUACAAACUCCAACAGUAUGUUUUCUACAUGUUAGUUUUGAGUAAUGUUACAAAUGUUAUACAUUGUAGUUUGUUUUUUUAACUCUGGAUCGUAAAAACGUUUGUUUUUGAUGUUAUGUGUUUUGUGAGUGGAUAUAGUGUAAGGAUCAGAGGACAAUCGAGUUAAUGAGGUUUUUGCAAAGGUUUUAGCUUUAAGGUGACUAAAACUGUAUAUACAUGUAUACUUCAUGGAUAUAUUAGUUGCCAAUCCUAUAUUAAUUGAAGUAAUCCUGACUUUGAAAUUGUAACGUAGAAGUCCAAAUAGUGUACGCCUAUUGACUGUAAAAGCAGAUACAUGUGUUUACAUAAUGUUGGUUCACCUCUAGUCCACUAUGCACCAUUUUGAUCUUGUUCAUCACAUACUAAAGAUUAUUUUCUUCUUAUACACGUACCUCAUAUCGUUUUUAGAUGUUCACGGUUUGAGUUCCUUCUAUAUUAGCAUCUAUUUUGUCUUGAAACAUGUUUUUAAUGGUUGAGUUUGUCCUGAUAUUGUUUGAAGCUUGUAGACUACCCUAAGUUAUUUUAGCUCCUAAUUUGAACAUUACAGCAGUAACCAUGAUUAUUGUGAAGUGUCCUUUGCACUAUGAAGGAUAUUUUGUCAUUGUCAAUUCAGCUGUGUAAGUGAAAUGUAUUAUUUUAAUGAUAUUAAUAAAGGACACUACACACAGA